AUGACUUCGCACUCUUUAGAUGUUUAUGGAAAGGGAACAGCUGUGUGGUUUCCAGACGUUAAAGAAGGCUGGACAAGCGCACAGCUGGUUUCAAAGGAUGUAUCUGGUGAUAACGUAAAACUUACAUUUUUAACAGACGAUGGAAAGGAUGUAGUAAUUGGAACUACUUUGACCAAAUUGUCGAAAACAAAUAAUGCCGAAUUGCCACCUCUGCGUAACCCUCCAAUGCUUGAGUCUGCUGAUGACUUGACCAGUCUAAGUUAUCUUAAUGAACCUGCAGUACUCCACACAAUUCGUACGCGUUAUUUACAGCGAAAUAUUUACACAUAUUCCGGAAUAGUUUUGAUUGCCACAAAUCCGUUCCAAUCUGUUUCUCUAUAUACGCAGGAUAUUAUUCAGGCAUAUUCCGGAAAACGGCGUGGAGAAUUAGAACCACAUGUGUUUGCUAUCGCUGAAGAUGCAUAUCGUGCAAUGCUUAGAGAUGAACAAAAUCAGACAAUUGUUGUAUCAGGCGAAAGUGGUGCCGGUAAAACUGCUAGUGCUAAAUUUAUUAUGCGGUAUUUUGCGUCAGUUGACGACAAAGACAGAUCACAAGAUGUAAAGAAAUCAAAUGCUACGACUUCUGGCAUGAGUGAAGUCGAAGAGCAAAUUAUGGCUACAAAUCCUAUUAUGGAAUCUUUUGGUAAUGCAAAAACGACCAGAAAUGACAAUAGUUCGCGUUUCGGCAAAUACCUUGAGAUUCAAUUCGAUAAAAAUCAAAAUAUCAUUGGUGCCAGGAUUAGAACUUAUUUAUUGGAACGGUCAAGAUUAGUGUAUCAACCAGAAACCGAAAGAAAUUAUCAUAUUUUUUAUCAGCUCUGUGCUGGUGCUCCACCAUCAGAAAAAAAGAACCUUGAACUCGGUGAUUUUACCCAAUUUCAUUAUCUGAAACAAGGUGGCUCAGGUACAAUUCCGGGUGUUGACGAUGCGGCAGAAUUUGAAACCACACAGAAAGCCUUGUCUGUUAUAGGGAUAACAAUUCAAACCCAAUGGCAAAUUUUUAAACUUUGUGCUGCUCUUCUACAUAUCGGUAAUAUUGAAAUCACGGAAAGUCGUAAUACAGCUAUGGUUUCUGAAACAGAUCAAGCACUUGUUACUGCAACAAAGUUACUUGGUAUAAAAACGGCAGAUUUCAGGAAAUGGCUUGUUAAAAAACAAAUAGUUACUAAGUCUGAGAAAAUCGUUAAAGAUCUCAACGCGCAACAAGCUAAUGUAGUAAGAGACUCUGUUGCCAAAUAUAUUUAUGCCAACCUUUUCGAUUGGUUAGUUAAUGUAAUAAAUGAAAGUUUGUCUAAUGAGGAAGUUGCUAAAAAUGUUUCAAGCUUUAUUGGUGUUCUUGAUAUUUAUGGUUUUGAGCAUUUUAAGAAAAAUUCUUUUGAACAAUUUUGCAUUAAUUAUGCGAACGAAAAAUUACAACAACAGGAAUAUGUACGUGAAAAAAUCAAUUGGACCUUCAUUGAAUUCAGUGAUAAUCAACCAUGUAUUGAAUUGAUUGAAGGUAAAAUAGGAAUUCUUUCUCUUUUAGAUGAGGAAAGUCGUUUACCAGCCGGUACCGAUAGUUCUUGGUGUAAUAAACUAUAUCAACAUUUUGAUAAUCCUACACAUAAAAAAUAUUUCCAGAAACCUCGAUUUGGAAAUUCAAGUUUUAUAAUUAGUCAUUAUGCACACGACGUAGAAUACGAGGUGGAAAAUUUCUUGGAAAAAAAUAAAGAUACCGUUCCAGAUGAGCAUCUCGCAUUGUUAAAGAAUACUGAUUUUGAAUUUUUGGAUGAUAUUCUCACUAAAGGAUCCGCUAUAGCAGCUCCUGCAGCUAAGCCCGAUGCUAAACGUUCUAGCGUAAUAGCAAAGAAGCCAACACUGGGUUCGAUCUUCAAAGCUUCUUUAAUAAGUCUCAUGGAAACUAUUAAUUCGACAAAUGUUCAUUAUAUUCGAUGUAUUAAACCUAAUGAAGUUAAAGUAGCCUGGAAAUUUGAACCUCAAAUGGUUUUAUCUCAAUUACGUGCAUGUGGUGUACUGGAAACUAUUCGCAUUAGUUGUGCUGGUUAUCCGUCGCGAUGGACUUUUGAUGAAUUUGUUCAAAGAUAUUAUAUGCUUGUCCGUUCCAAACAUUGGGGCCCAGAUACCAAAAAGUUAUGUUCUGUUAUUCUGGAUGAUUCUAUUAAAGAUCCUGAUAAAUAUCAAGUUGGCAUAACAAAAAUUUUUUUCCGUUCUGGCAUGUUGGCUUACCUAGAAAGGCUCCGCUUAGAUAGAUUGAAUGAAUGCGUAACACUUAUGCAAAAGAAUAUGUUACGGCAUAUGCACCAAAAGAGGUAUCAGGCCUUAAAAGCAAGCACUAUCAAAAUUCAAGCGCUAUAUAGAAGACGUGUUGCAAUGUCAGAGCUUAAACGUCUCCGUGAAGAAAAAGCGGCUAUUACUAUUCAGAAAAAUUGGAGAAGGUAUAUUCAACGAAAACAAUAUUUACGUGCAAAGAAGGCUAUACAUAAAUUACAAACAGUUGUUCGAGGUGUUAUUGCACGACAGAAAUUUGAAGUUUUGUGUCGCAACGCUGCAUCUACUAAAAUUCAAUCUGUUUACCGUGGAUGGGUUGCGCGCCGUGAUUAUAAGAUGACUUUGAAACGUAUUAUUUAUAUUCAAUCAUGCCUUCGUCGUCGUUUGGCAAGAGCUGAGCUUAAGGCGUUGAAAGUUGAAGCACGUUCUGCCAGUCACUAUAAAGAAGUUUCGUAUAAACUUGAAAAUAAAGUUAUUGAACUUACACAGAACUUGGAACAAAAAUCUCAAGAGAAUAAAACCUUAGAAACUAAAACGUUAGCUUUAGAAAGUCAAAUUAAAUCAUGGAUUGAAAGGUAUGAAAAGUUGGAAUCUGAUUCUAAUAAUUUCAAAAGUUCAACAAAACAAAGUACAAUUGGAAUCGAUGAAUUCAAGACUCUUCAAACUGAAAAGGAGACACUUGAAUCCCGUUAUCGAACUUCCCUUGAAAACAUCAAGAAGCAAGAUACGGAGAUUCAACGUCUUACAAGUGAAAUAAGUAAAAAAGAUGACGAAGUGGCACGGCUUCGUGCAACUGCAGCUAAAUAUAAGGGAGCUGAAGACCCUGCUACAGUGCUUGCUUUGAAACAGGAGAUCUCUACUCUUAGAGAACAAUUGACUAAAGUUAAAAGCGGUGUUAGAGGUACUUCGCCUCCGCCACCACAUCGCCAAGAAAAUGGCUUCUUGACAGCUGCUGGAUCCUCUUCACUGAAACUUCCAUCACAAUCACGAAGACCUCGACGACACAGUUCUGCCGAGUCUUGGGGACCAAAUGAAGCGGCCAGACGUAAACCCAAAACAUCAGUUGAUUUAGUUAUGGCUGAAGCAAAGAAACCGGGAUUAAGACCGGUUACCGUAUCAUAUACUCAAAUGAAUGUUCCAAAAAUUAAAUCUCCAGGUGGCCGUGUUUAUUUGCCAGGAGUUGAAGAUGACCCAGAAGAAGAGAUUAUGAAGCUUCUUGAUGAUGAAGAUACUCUUGAUGAAGAGAUUAUAAAUGGGUUAAUUAAGUCUCUGAAAAUACCUCUUCCAAGUUUACAAAAUCCCCCAUCACAAAAAGAAAUUCUUUUCCCGGCACGAAUCAUUAGUCUUUUGGCAAAACAAAUGUGGAAAUUCGGAUUCAUAAAAGAAUCUGAAAGGUUAUUUGCUAAUGUAAUGAAAACUAUUCAAGAACAUGUAAUGGAUUUUGAAGGCGAUGAAGCAAUUCUUCCUGGUGCAUAUUGGCUUUCUAAUGUACAUGAAUUAUUAUCAUUUGCUAAUGCUGCUGAGAGGGAUAUGUUGCGUGGAGUAAAUCCAGCUGCUGAAUCAGGAGGAAAAGCGUUUGAAUGGCACGAUUACGAAAGAUUAGUAUCUAUUGUAAAACAUGAUCUGGAAAGUCUUGAAUAUAACAUUUAUCACACAUGGAUGAAGGAACUUAAAAAACGGCUAUUCAAAAUGGUUAUUCCUGCAGUAAUCGAAAGUCAAUCAUUGCCUGGGUUUAUAACUAAUGAGAAUAACAGAUUUCUUACAAAAUUCAUUACUGGGCCUACAACCCCUGCUUUCAGUAUGGAUGACCUUCUUAAUUUUUUGAAUAAAGUGUGGAAAGCUAUGAAAUCAUAUUAUGUUGAAAUGUCAGUAAUUCAGCAAGUAGUCACAGAAUUGUUAAAACUUAUUGGAGUAACUUCUUUUAACGAUUUAUUAAUGAGACGUAAUUUCUGUUCAUGGAAAAGAGCAAUGCAAAUACAAUAUAAUAUUACUAGAAUUGAAGAGUGGUGUAAGAGUCAUGAAAUGCCUGAAGGCACGCUUCAAUUAGAACAUUUAAUGCAAGCUACUAAAUUAUUACAACUUAAAAAGGCAACAUUGGGGGACAUUGAGAUCAUAUACGAUGUUUGUUGGAUGUUGACUCCUACACAAAUACAAAAACUUAUAAGUCAUUAUUUCGUUGCCGAUUACGAGAAUCCAAUAAGUCCAGAAAUUUUGAAAGCUGUGGCUAGUCGAGUUGUAGCAAAUGAUAAAACAGAUAUAUUAAUGCUUGACGCAACUCCAUUAGAGGAUUCUGGCCCAUUUGAAGUACCUUCACCACGUGAUGUGGCACCACCUGAUAAUUAUUUGCCUGCAUGGUUAAAUUUGCCACACGUAAAACGUCUUGGGACUUUAGCAACAUAA